AUGUCAAGAUACGUCAAACAAUUGGAAUGUCGAUUUCAUCCAGAAGCGUCAUUGAUUGAAGAUUAUCGUGCAGGUGAUAUGAUUUGUGGACAAUGUGGAUUGGUUGUUGGUGAUCGAAUGAUUGAUGUGAGUUCUGAAUGGCGUACAUUUUCUAAUGAUAAUGAAACAAAAGAUAUGAGCCGUGUUGGAGCUGCAGAAAAUCCUCUGUUUGCUGGUAAUAAUUUUGAAACUGUUUUGUCCAAAGGAACAGGUGCAGGUGCACUUGACGAAUCCGGUAAAGAAAAAUAUGGCAGUGGUUCUCAUCAGAUGUCAUCUGCCGAAAAAGCAUUAAAAAGUGGCUAUGAUGUUGUUCGAGAAAUGGCUGGACGUAUUAGUUUAUCAGGUCGAAUUAUUAAUCGAGCAUGUUUACUAUUUAAACAAUGUUACGAAAAUAAAUGUGUCCGUGGUCGUCCACAAAAUGCUAUUGUUGCUGCAUGUAUUUAUAUAGCAUGUCGGCAAGAAAGUGCACAACGAACGAUUAAAGAAAUAUGUGCAAUAUCAGGAAAUGCAUCAAAGAAAGAUAUUGGUCGAUGCUUUCAACAGAUUGUUCGUAGUUUACCGAAUUCGAACCGACCUGAAUCAAUUGAGAUCAAACAUUUGGUGCCUCGUUUCUGUAAUCAACUGGAACUUAAACAAGAAAGUCUUAUUCGAAAAACAGCUAUUUAUAUUGCUGAACGUGCAAAAGAAAUUUGCGAUAUACAAAGUCGUGCACCAGAUUCUAUUGCUGGUGCAUCAAUUUAUAUGGCUUGUGUUGCUGUUGGUGAGAAGAAACUAAUGAAAGAUAUUCAAGUUGCUGCUGGUGCAAUGGAAAGUACAAUACGACAAGUAUAUAAAAAAAUGUUACCAAAAGCUGCUGAAUUAUUUCCGUCUGAUUUUGAAUUCGAAGUUCUACCAGCUGAUUUACCACAAACAUAA